CUACUCUACUUUCUCUUUCAUCUAUCCAUCUUUCUUCGCCUUCUUACUUGCCACUUAUACGAGGACUACGCAUUAUCACAGCUGAUUCAAAAUGCCCAAGAACGCUCUUUUAGCCUCCAUCGGCUUCAUACUUCUCUGCGUCUCCCAGCUAUUCAUCUGGUUCAUCAUCCUGCCCGGCGUCACGCAUGAUACGCCCUUCCGCCAUACGUACUACCUUCGUGCCGACACCAGCGGCAUCACAGGAGCCCGUGACGUUUCCCAGUGGACUUACUUCUUCAUCUGCGGCCCUGACAACAGAGAUUGCGGCCCUUCUCAUCCUGCCAUUCCUUUCGGCUUUGCCUGGGACAGCAAUGCGCGGAAUGUGCCACCGGGACUUGGUGGUAGCCAUGGCAGUCACACGACGUCGUUCCAUUACUUCUACAUGUGGCGCUUCGGAUGGGUGUUUUUGCUCAUGACGCUCUUCUUUGAGGUGCUGGCCUUCUUCACUUCGAUACUAGCUUGCUGCGGCCGUCUCGGCGCAGCAUUGGCCUUUGUCGUCUCCAGCAUUGCUCUCUUCUUCUAUACGCUCGCCGUGUCCAUCAUCACUGCCACAUUCUGCGAAGCCCGCAAUCGUUUCCACGACGUUGGCCGCUCUGCUAAGAUUGGACCGUGGGCAUUCGGUUUCCUCUGGGGUUCGUAUGUGGCACUUCUCAUUGCUGUCAUUCUUUUCGCGCUCGGCAUACGUUCGAAUCCCACUUUUGACUUUAAACGCCGGCAAAGCUCUCGCGAACCUACCGGAAGCCGAGGCCGCUCCUAUGAUGGUCGCCGGGUCAAGGAAGAGUAUUCGUAAAGAAAGAGCAUAUCGUUGUUCAGCAAGAAACGUAUGUGGAAAUGAAAGAGGUAAUGGCAGUAUUCGGGCCAAUGGAGCGACAGAGUUUCGGUGUAAAGCAGACAAAGACUUGCCUAUGCUGUCUCCCGAGCGUAUGAUAUACCUGCUUUGAGUACCUAAUGGCCUAAUUCUCGUUAAAGGCGUUACGUUCUGAGGAAUAAUUAAUAAUUGGAGGAAAGGAAGGUCAAGGGAGCUAUACUGAUGUGCUUUACUUCUUGAUUAUAGCUUAUGGAUUUAUUCUUAUUAAUGGUUAC